AUGUCGGAAACCGAUGCGAGGAUAUCAGAAGAGCUGCCGCCAUCACAAUCCCUGCCGCGAGACAACUCUGGAAGCUUCACAGACCUGUCGUAUCUCACCUACUUGGUGCCUUCCGAGACGGACAUCGACCUCGACGAGGCCUUCAAAGGCUUGGAGCAAGGAAAAUCCAUAUUAGAAUCGAUACCGCAACGCGAGACUCUUUUCUUUGAUGAGACGGUGCAAGUCUUGCUCAUCCUCAAGACGCCAUGGGUGGAGGAAAAGGAGCUGCAGUCGAGCCUCCAGAGACUUAUGAUCUCUCUGGCCGCGCACGUCGUCAACAGCCCGACCGCAGCCAACCGCGACGCCCCCGCCCCGGCCGCCUCAGAGUCCAUCUACGUCGGCGCCGUCGGCGACAUUAGCGAUCCCUUUGUCGUCGUGGACGAGGAAGCAAGCAGCGACUCGGACUCCUCCUCGACCACGCAGUACCUCUACGCCGUAUGGAAGCUCGCCGUGCCGCUCUCGCGGCCGCGCAUGCGCCUCCACCGCCCGUCCGUCGUCUUCUCCGCCUCGGCGGGCGUCAAGCCCGAGCAGUCGGCGGCCGCCGACCAGGACAGCGGCCGCACGGCGGGCUACCUGCAGAGCGGCGUACCCUCGGGCCUCAACCUGCUCGAGUCCUUUGCGGGCGACCCGGCGCUGCACGGCGUGCGCCCGCGGCUGUCGGCGCUGCGCGUGUCGCGCGUCGCCCCCGUCACCCGGCAGCAGGAUCUCCUGACGCGGUUGCGCACGCUGCCGCAGCUGCAGCUCCCGAUCGCGGCGCUCGUGCACGCGCGUAUCCGCUUCGCGCGGCCCAGCGCGGCGCCCCCGACGAGCACCGUCGUCGCGCUGCUCGAGUUUGACUUUACGCCCGACCUCGACUGCGAGGCGCUCGUCGACCGCGUCGCGCUGACGACGUCGGCCGGCACCGUUACGAGCCUGACCGAUCACGAUGGUGACGAUGUCGCCGCGCUCAGACUCCCUAUCAGCUGCGUCUCGCACGACCACGUCACCCUGGUGUACGAGAUUCGGCCGCACCGGCUCGACAUCAACGCCAAGGACGCCAGCAACACCCUCCACAUUGUCGUCUCGGCGUCGAUCCAGGUCGCGCCGGGCGUCUGCACCCCGCGCAUCGACAUGGCCUGGACGGCGAGCCUCGACUUUGCCACGCCGCUGAACCCCAGCUUCGGCCCCGUGACCGAGACGACGGGCAUCCAGCGCGCGCACCGCCCCGCGCAGCUCUCCAUUGCCAGCAGCAACAACAGCGCCUCCUCCCCGUCUUCCGGCGCAGGCGCCGUCAUGCCCCUCAAGUCGCCGUCCGUCACGCGCCCCGACUCGCUGCCCAUGCUCGAGGCGUCCGCCGUCGUCGCCCAGACCGCGGCGUCGGUCCCCAACCUCGGCAUCACCAUGUCCUUCAACGCCCCGGCCGGCGUCGUCCGCCCCGGCGACGUCUUCUCCUGGACCGUCUACGUCCUCAACCGCACGAGCGAAGCUUCCACACCUCCUCCUCCUCCAUCCACCGCCGCGCAGCCGGCCAAAUCUCCGCGCAAGCUGGCCCUCGUGGCCAUCCCCAGGCGCCGCCGGCCGGAGACGGCGCGGUCGUCGUCGGUGCGCCCGCCGUCGACGGCAUCGCGCCGCCACGGCGAAAAGGAAAUCGCCUCGGCCGUCGUGGACGACAACGUGCUGCACGCGCUGCAGAAGAAUGCCGUCCUCGACGGCGCCGACCUGGUGUGCCUGAGCGCCGACACGCGCGUCGGGCCGCUCGGCCCGGGCGCCUGCCACGUCGUCGAGCUGCAGUUCCUCGCGCUGCGGCCCGGCAUAGCGGGCAUCGAGGCGAUUCGCGUCGUGGACCUGGGGUCGCAGGAGCACGUCGAUAUCAGGGACUUGCCGACGACGGUGAUAGAGCCGCUCGGCGCAUGA